AUGACUGAGAAGAAGACUGCCCCAAGCUUUCAGUUUAUGAAGGAUGAGAGCACCAGUGUGCUGGGUGGUGAAUGGGUGCCAAUGUACUGCACCGAUGAACCAGUUGAAUUCAGCAAAGGUGAUUUUGAGACCGCCAUGCUAAACGUUAUCAGAGAGCCCAAUAUCAACUCUACUGCAAUUCUAAGAGCAGACAUCCUGGCUGAAAAAUUCUAUGACCUAGAAGGAAAUGAGCAAGAGUUGAGUACUGACGAUAAGCCUGUUUUGAGUGAGAGUUUGCCAUACGAUGCCGACGCAAAGCUUGUUAAUAUCGAUGAUAUAACUACAAGGAAAGAACUUAUAGAAAACAAAGAACUAGAAUUGACAAUUGUGAAAGAAUUUGUGAGAAGAAUGAUACCGAGAAAUCCUUACAAAGAUGCCUUGAUUAACCAAACAUGCCUAGUAUACAACUCCAAAAAGACAGAGAAUAAGGAUACUUCACUUGUGCUAUACAUUCCACAUUUUGAAGAUGAAGCAGAUUGUCCAUUCUAUAUACCUCAUGUUCAAAAAGUGGCAAUCCUUCUGCAUGGCGGUAUACUAUCGGUGCAUUACAUACCAUACGCCGGCCAGAGUGAAGACUUGAGGAAGGAUAAUGAAAGAGUUGUAAGGACAGCUUUUAGAUUAUUACAAACUGCAUAUAAGCACUCUAAAGGUGUAAUGCAAGGAUACGAGAAAAGGGUUAAUCAUGAUCAAGUAGUAGAUAGAGUGCUAUUUCAAGAUACGUACAUCCAACUGAAGAAGAAAUACUCCAAGUUUCUGGUAGAUAACUGGGCUGAGUCUACGGACCCCAAGAAGCAUGUAUUUGAAGAUCUAGCAAUUGCUGCGUUUCUGUUGGAAUUCUGGAAAACUCAAUAUGGUGAUGAUUACAAAACUACUAUGCAAUUUAGGGACAUGGGUUGUGGUAACGGUGUUCUUACCUACAUCCUGAUAAGUGAAGGUGUAAAUGGUGUUGGUAUUGACGCCCGCAAGCGUAAGUCUUGGAGUAUCUAUCCAACAGAGAUACAAAGGCACUUAAAAGAACAGGUUAUUAUACCCUCCAUACUAUUGAGACCAACACCAGAUGUAAGAAGGUAUAUGCCAUACCUGGAAGACAACGGUGCUAUGUUCCCUAUCAAAGUAGAAGAUGGACUAAUAGCACCAGCUACUUUGGUUUAUUCGAGUGCGGAUUUGAUUGCAUCACCAAAUGUGAACAUUUGUGAAUUCCCAGAUAAUACAUUCAUUAUUGGUAACCACUCUGAUGAACUAACAUGCUGGAUACCUCUUUUGGGCUUUCCAUUUAUGGUCAUACCAUGCUGCUCACAUGAUCUGUCUGGUAAGAAAGUUAGGUUCAACACAAGGGUACCUAAAUCGGAGAAAACAACACCUGCUAUGAAGAAUAACAUAAAGAUAAAUUCGAAUAACGUGAAUAACAGCAACAGUACAUAUGCUGGUUUGGUGAAUCAUGUCGAAUAUUUGGCAAAAAAGGUCGGUUGGAAAGUAGAGAAGGAAAUGCUACGGAUACCAAGUACAAGGAAUGCCGCAAUUAUUGGUACAGACAAUGCUUAUGCAAAGGAAUUUCCGACCCCUGAUAUUUACAGGACUAUUGAGGAAGAGGGGGGAGCUUUAACCUGGGUUCAAAAUACAAUGCAAUUAGCGAAAGCAUCUCCAAGAAACCAUUGA